UACAAGAAGGCAGCGGGUAUUGUAAGCGGUUAGCUGUGUACUUAGCAUGUGUUACCAAUAAGAAACAGUUUUGGCAUAUUAGCGUUUUUAGCGUAUUCAUAACUUACAUAAAUAUGGGUACGAGCAGAUAAUUUGAUAAGCGCUGAUUGUAACGACGACAUAAAAGUCCCCCAAAACUGCCCAUGACGGUUAAGUUAGCACAACAUUAGCUAACUAGAUACCCAAACGUUAGCUUGUUCGUAUUGUUUAGGAAUUACAGCAAUGAGUCUCGUAGUUGGCCGCGAACCUAGAAAGACUGCGGGUAAUCGCAUGUCAAAAUUACUGGAUGCUGAAGAAGAGGACGAAUUCUACAAGACCACUUAUGGAGGCUUCAACGAUGAAUCAGGGGAUGAUGAGUAUCAUGGAGAACAUUCAGACACAGAGGAUGAAGUGGACAGCGACUUUGACAUCGAUGAGGGCGACGAGCCAGACAGUGACCAGGAGGAGGAUGCACCUCGGAGGAAAAGUCGGGUUGUCACAAAAGCUUAUAAGGAACCUAUAAAGGUGGCAAAACCCAAACCCAAAAGACCCUCUGAGGAACAGAAGAAGACUGAGAAAACUAAAGUGGAGCUCAAAAGGAGAAUUCCUCAAGAAUUCCAAGAUUUUUGCGAGACUCGGAAAUCUGUGCGACAGUCCACAAGUGAACAUACCAGAAAGACCAACCUGCGCUUGCAAGAGCGUCAGGAUGCCCCUCGGAGACGGAGAGGUGCUCAUCGUGACCGGCCUCUUACCCAGGAGGAGCUGCUGGCUGAGGCCAAAAUAACAGCUGAGAUCAACAUUCGAUCUUUAGAGAACUAUGAACGCCUGGAGGCAGACAAGAAGAAACAAGUCCACAAGAAGCGGCGAUUUGAAGGACCAACCAUCCGUUACCAUUCAGUCCUGAUGCCACUGGUUUCUCACUCAGUCCUAAAAGAAGAAAACGUAGAUGUUGAAGGGUUGGAUCAAGACAUCCCUCAGACUGCACCACAAAAUCCCACCACACCCUCCCAGCAGCCUGCCGGAGGCCUGUGCUCCCGUACUUAUAUAACAUUCAGUGACGAUGAAGCUUUCGAGGCGGCCUUUCCACACAGCGCCCAGUCAAGUCCUCAGCUGCCCGUCCAGGAGGUUUGUCCUGUCACCCACAAGGCCGCACUGUACAGAGACCCAGUCACUGACAUACCUUAUGCUAACACAAGAGCCUUCCGCAUCAUCCGAGAAGCGUACCGUAAAUACGUGGCUGCUCACGGAUUUCCAAACACUUCGGGAGGGGUGACGGGACUUGACUCCUCAGCAACAAAGGGUGCUCGCCAGAAAAUGCUUGUCAAGCAAAGUGCUGUGGGAACAUAGAUUAGUCUAAAAAAAAUAAAUAGGAAAUAGGUCUUGGGUUCUUUAUUAAAUGUAUUGGUUCACUUAGUCACUUGAGUGACAUAAGUUAAAACCAGAAGCAGUCGCUGUCCACCACCAGGGGGUAAAUACCUUUUCUUCAGACAAAUGGCGACAUCCUGUUUUAUCCUCAUCCAUGCAAAGAAAUUUGUUGUAAAGGUUGAAAAUUUAGCAGUCACAGAGAUUCUUAUGUUACAGUAUUUGAAGCAAUUAAAGGAAAACACAAAUAUUUUCAGUGCUACAUUUGACUGGAUAACAAAAGAUGAAGAGAACUCAGUAAAAACAAAAGUUACCACAAACAAAUCAGCUGUUGCAUUCCCUUCAACUGCAAAAAAGCCUUACUUGUGAUGUGUCUAUGUACAGAAACUCGUUUUGUACAUUAACACCCUGACAAAUACAGGUUGAGUGGAUGGAAAUCUACACGCUGGCUUUGGAAGCAAAGUCGAUCUCCAUCUGCACAUUGGCAGCUUUUUUUGUAAAUGAAAUGCCUUUUUUAUUGUCAAGGUAUUUGCUUUCUACAAAUGAACAUAUUUCUCAAUAAAAAUAAAUAUUUGAAU